AUGGGCUCGCAGAUGGCCUCGGAGGUCAGAUGCAAGAUGGGAAAGGAUUUGCAAUGUCUUUUUAUCACAGUUAUAGGACAAGUGAAGUCGGCAGAACCUGUCGCUUCCGGGUGGCUGCAUUCAGUAUUUAGGCAGGCCAAAAUAGAUGAGUUCUCGGGAAACAUCAAGUCUACUGUAGCAUCGCGGAGAUGGCUAAACAAUAGACAAAUAAAGGAGAUUCUAGAGCUAGAGAGAUGUUUAGAAACAUUUAAGAAAUUUUACUAUCGA